AUGUACACAAAUCAAGAUAUGCUAUCAACUCCACCUUCGAAAAGGAAGUUAGAAUUGCCAAUACCGAGACGACCUUCUAAAAAAAUUCAUUUGAAGUCACUGGAGAUUGUAUCAUCGGCAUCUGCUGAAGCUUCACCAAUUGUAAAUCACAAAAUAAUAUUACAAAAUAAGGAUAAAACAAUCAAGUCAAAUGGUAUAUCAGUUAUAUCACAAAGAUUAAAUGAAGAAGAUACAGAUGAAGAAGAUGAUAUCGAAGACGAUAAUGAAAUUUUUUCAAGUACUGAAGCUAAGAUCUCUAGCCCAUUUAGUGAUGACAAUAUGACACCAACAUUAUCAUCAAAUGAUGAUCUAAUAAAGGAAAUUGGUGAAAGUAAUAUGUCAACGGUCAAUUUAUCAUUGGAUAAGCAAUUAAAAUUUCAUUUAACAAAUUUAAUAUUAAAAAGACAGCAGUCUGAAGAAUUUAAAUUAUUAAAUCACAAUAAAGAAUUUUCAUCAUCAUAUAUUUCCAAGCCACAGCAUAGAUUUCAAAAGCCUAAAAAAUCAAUAUUGCUAUUACCAAAAAAUAGUUUAAAUAUGAUUGUUUCAUCAUCUAGAGGGUCAUUAGAAGAUGCAACAAUUUAUGCUACUGAAAUAAAUGCAUCAUUGAGCAAAGAAGGGUUUUCACUACCAAUGGUAAGGAGCCCCGAUGAAAAAGUUACAAUCCCAGUUAAUUCAGAGAUCAAGAAGAGAUAUAAACAAUUGAAAAAAGAAUAUUUGAAUGCAUUUGGAAAGAUUGAUACUGAAUCAGACGCUGAAGAAGAAGAAGAAAAACAAGAAAUAAAUAAAAAUGAUGAUGACAUUAGUAAUUCACAAGAUGCUGCUUUAAUAAGAGGUUAUUAUUUUGAAAAUAACAGUAAUUCAAAUUAUGAUAAUAAAAAAUACAAAAAAGUACGCUGGACUUGUACUAUUGAAGAUUGCUAG